AUGUGUAGUUUUGUUCAACCGAGUCGGCUAGGCCUAGUUCCGACGGCACAGAAGGAGGGCUCCAGCUUUCUGUUCAAUAACAACGUAUCCGUUGCCCCAAGAAGGUUGUUCCAGAAUCCAAAUUUUGUUAAUGAUCACCCGCAUAUUGAAAACACCCGUCUUGAACAACAGCCAGUCAUGGCUAAUUGUCACAGUGACAUCAGAAACAAAGUAGGUGAACAGUCAUCUACCAAAAAUGAUUCUCUAUUAAAUUCUAGUCACAGUUUUCUGAAUACCUCGGAAAAUCAUCAUACGGAGAUUGUGGUAAACUCUCAACCGCGAGGGAGUCGCAGAAGAAAAGCCCCACUUAGUUUUCCCAAUAAAGUUGAUCACCAAUCACCGAUGGAGACUGACACGGAUUCAGUGGUUAAUGCGACCUCAUCAGGUACUCAAAUGUGCUCUAACAAACGAACAUUGUUGGAAUUUGCAGCCUUUGGUGUAAAUAUUCCUAGCGAGCUUUCUGAUGAUGAACAGACAUCUGUGAAUAUUCCUGGCGAGCCUUCUGAUAAUGAACACGCAUCUGCAAAUAUUCUUGGUGAGCCUUCUGAUGAUGAACACACAUCUGCAGUUAUUACUGACAAGCCGUUUGAUAAUGAACAGGCAUCUGUAAAUGUUACUUGCGAUUCUCCUGAUAAUGUACAGUCAUCUGCAAAUAUUCUUGGCGAUCCUUCUGAUAAUGAACACGCAUUUGCAAAUAUUGCUGGCGAGCCUUCUCGUAAUGAAGAGGCAUCUGUAAAUGUUACUGGCGAGCCUUCUGAUUAUGUACCGGCAUGUGUAAAUAUUCCUAGCGAGCUUUCUGAUAAUCAACAUGCAUCUGUAACUAUUCCUGUCGAGCCUUCUGAUGAUGAAGAGGCAUCUAUGCUCAAGCAAUUUUUUCUAGAAGAUGAUUUCAUAGUAUUUGAACGUGGGAGUGAUGAUGAAUUGGAUGAAGAGGAAGAAUCUGAGGACGAGACUGACUCAGAAGAUGGGAACGACUCUGUUGAAGAAGAUUUGGAUUCAUCAUCUUCAGUGAUACCAUGCAAAAGAGUGAGGUUCGCAGCAAAAGAAGAACUUUGUCAAAUCCAUCCUAUGAUACAGUGGUCGUUUGCAUAUAAAAAAGCUAGAAAGGGGCCUUGGGAAGAAUAUGCCAGAGACCGAGCUAGGUUCAGAAAUAGGAUAAAAGGUAUGGAAGACAUUCUCGUGCUUGUAUUCGACUCCAAGCAUAGAGAACGGGUAUACAAACGGUUUCAAGAUGAAAGUACUGAUUAGUUAAGUUAGUUUAUGAAACACAAAGUAAAAAUAUAGAUUGAGAAUCAAAUCUCGGCCUAGAAUCAGGUUCAUUUUUUAGCAAUAAUAUUUGUUGUACUAUUAUAAAUAUGCAUUUGGUGAUUUUUAUAUAUAUUAUUUGUCAUUUUUCAUUUUGUCAAAUCACAUAAUGCCUGGAAUCUUCAGUAAUGGCCAUUGAAAAAUUCAUUAUGAACAUUUCAAUUUUAUAUGAAUAAAUUGAUACGUAAUAA